AUGGCGCGCAGUCGGGCAAAACGAAGAACGCACGCUGGUGCAAAGAACCCCAAUCAGGCAAAGGGUCCAAUAAACACCGGCAAUGCCUCAAUUCGCGACCCCAAGAGCAUGGUCAUUCGCAUCGGCGCCGGCGAGGUCGGCUCCAGCGUCAGCCAAUUGGCCACGGAUGUGCGUCGCGUCAUGGAGCCCGGCACCGCUAGCCGGCUCAAGGAGAGGAGGGCCAACAAGCUGAAGGAUUAUCUGGUCAUGUGUGGACCUCUCGGUGUCACACAUCUGCUCUUGUUUUCCCGUUCAGAGUCUGGCAACGUGAACUUGAGGGUGGCUCUCACCCCUCGUGGACCGACACUGCAUUUUCGGGUUGAGAAGUACUCCCUCACAAAGGAUGUGCAAAAGGCUCAGAGGCGGCCCAAGGGGCAGGGCAAGGAGUUUGUUACGUCUCCACUGCUCGUCAUGAACAACUUCUCGAGCUCAUCGUCCGAAGCUCCAUCCAAAACGCCCAAGCACCUCGAAUCCCUAACGACGACUGUAUUUCAGUCUCUCUUCGCUCCCAUCAAUCCCCAGAAAACGUCGCUCAAGUCGAUACGUAGGGUACUGCUCAUGAACCGUGAGCAAUCCAAGGAGGAAGAUGGCAGCUUCAUAAUCGACUUCAGGCACUACGCCAUCACAACCAAGCCGACCGGCAUCUCGAAACCGCUGAAGCGGCUCAACGCGGCCGAGAAGCUGCUGAGCGGCAAGACGGGCAAAAAGGGCGGGCUGCCAAACCUCAACAAGCUGCAGGACAUCGCCGACUACAUGAUCGGCGGUGAGGAUGGCUCAGGGUACAUGACUGAUGGCGGCACCAGCGGGAGCGAGGCCGAGACGGACGCCGAGGUUGAGGUACUGGAGCCCACGUCGCGCAAGGUCCUCAAUGCGAAAGCUCGUGCGGCGCUGAGGGAGGCGGAGAACGGCGACGAGGGGAGCCAGGCCGGGACCGAGCAGCAAAACGUCGAGAAGCGUGCCGUGAAGCUGGCGGAGCUCGGCCCGCGCAUGAGGUUACGACUCCUCAAGGUCGAGGAGGGUGUCUGUGCAGGCAAGGUCAUGUGGCAUGAAUACAUCCACAAGUCCAAGGAGGAGAUCAAGGAGAUGGAGAAGAAGUGGGAGCAAAAGCAGCGGGAGAAGGAAGCGAGGAAAAAGAUACAAAAGGAGAAUGUCGAGCGCAAGCGGAAAGAAAAGGAGGAGCAGAAGAAGAGCGGCAAGAAGUCGGGUGAUAAUGCCGAGGAUGACGAGGACGAGAUGGAUGUCGACUAUGACAGCGAUGACUACGAGUUUGACAGUGAAGGGAUUGCAGGUGACGCUGAGACGCUCGUCAAUGAGAAGGCGGAAGAGGAUGGGGAGUGGGAAGACGAGGAGGAGGAGAUUGCUGCUGGGGCGGGUUGA